UCUAGCCAUUGUGUUCGCUCUGGCCCAUAACAAUCGCCUCGAGUCACGGGUGUCGAUAAGGUAUCCACUCUCCUCUCCCGGUUUACCCCGUAAGAAAACUCUCCAACUCACCCAUACGCAAGAGAUGGAAGGGACGGAGGAACCAACGAUGGCAGGGCCCGAGGCGCCAGAGGUAAAGUUCACGCCCGUCGACUACACACUCUUCAUCCUCAUGCUGGUGGCGUCUAUGGGCAUCGGGGUCGUCAGCGCCUUCAGGAGCCGCGGGAAAGCCUCCACGCAGGAGUACCUGUUGGGGAGCAGGACCAUGUCGCCCGUGCCAGUAGCGCUCUCUCUCAUCGGGGGAUGGAUAUCUGCGAUAUCUAUCUUAGGUAACCCCACUGAGAUAUAUUAUUUCGGCACUCAACUCACAACGGUCCUGCUAGGCUGCAUCCCGGGUGUUUUCGUCGUGGGACUGGUGAUGCUCCCCAUUUUCUACGAGCUUAAACUCGUCUCCAUCAACGAGUAUAUACAGCGUAGGUACAACUCACGCUUGCUUCGGACUCUGGCAACACUGUGUAUGGUGUCAAGUAACUUUAUCUACAUGGGCAUGUGCCUAUAUGCUCCUACAGUAGCCCUGACUACAGUCACAGGACUUUCUACAUGGGCGUCAAUGCUCAUCUUAGGGUCUAUUUGCACUUUCUACAUCACAAUCGGAGGUGUAAAAGCCGUGGUGUACACAGAUGUACUGCAGACUCUGCUGAUGUUUGGUGGGGUGUUGGUGGUGGUGAUCAUCUGUUGUGUUGACCUGGGUGGCGUUGGCAACGUGUGGACCAUCGCUGAGCAGGGCGGCCGGGUCAGGUUCUUCGACCUCAACCCGAGCCCCUACGAGCGUCACACCUUCUGGACCACUAUGGUGUACGGAUUCUUCAUCAUGGUCAACGGAAUUGGCGUCACUCAGAUCACUUAUCAGAGAUUUGCUUCCGUCAGGACGCUUCGGAUAUCACAAGGGUUACUUCUUCCCUUCAUGGUGGGCUUAUAUUCGCUCUGGGCCGUCUACUAUUUUUCCGGACUGGUUGCUUAUGCCACCUACCACGACUGUGACCCGUUCACCUCUGGCAAGAUUAAAAAAAUCGACCAAAUUAUCCCGUUCUUGGUGACUGACAAGUUGAGUCACAUGACCGGAAUGGCUGGAAUAUUCGUCGCUGCCGUCUACGGAGGCGUUCUCAGUACAUUGUCGUCCUGCUGCAACUCGGUCGCGUGUGUAAUCUGGGAGGACUUCCUGAAGGACCGAGCCUACUACAGCAGCCUCAGUGAUGCCAAGGCCACCAACGUCGUCAAGUUCCUCUCUGUGGUAGCGGGUGCUGUAGCUCUGUGCCUGGGACUGUUUGUAGAGAAGUUGGGGAGCAUCUACAAUGUCUCCAACAGUAUCCUUACAUCCAUCAAUGGUCCCAUUGCGGGCGUCUUUCUUACAGGAAUCUGCGCACCGUGGGUGAACGCGAAGGGAGCCGGGGUGGGACUCAUCGUCUCCCUCAGUUUCAAUGUUUGGAUAGUUAUCGGAAAGUUCGUGAGGGGCGGAGGGUCGCUUUCACCCCUUCCCUUGUCCACCGAGGGCUGCCAGGAGGGUCUUCAGCACCUUGCCAACACCACCGCCACUAGCUUCCUCUCCAACACCACUCUCACUGACGCUGUGAUGGCUAACGUCACACUGACUGACGCUGGGAUCACCAACACCACAGCUCUCCAAGAGUCAGCCGGAGAGACCAUCUACGAGCUCUCCUACUGCUACUCUGGUGUUAUUGGAAUCGCUAUCGUCCUAGUGGUCAGCAGCCUCGUGUCCCUAUGUACUGGUCUAGUGAAUCCUGUGGAUUUAGAGGAUGGCGUUGUGAACCCAACGUGCUUCUGGGUCUACCAGCGCCUCUGGGGGUUUCUCAAGGACCCUCACACAAGCCAGAAGUCCGUCAAUGUCAAUGUCUUGAAAAUGUCUGAGAAACCCAUCUCUGAAACUCUCAAUUUCCCUUCCUAGAUCUUACAAGCCACAUCCCCUCCUAUUUGUCCGCGACAAAUACUUCAACAUUCCGGCCCAACCGUUUGGACUGAACGGUUGAAUGACAGCUUCCUACAGGUUUUGCGUUCAAUCUCCGGUCGUCCAAGUGGUUGGACAGCAUUCGUCUUAUCCCAGAUCCUUCUCCUCAUAUCCCCGUCCAAGUGCUAUAUAGUCGUACUGGCUUAGCGCUCUUUCUCUUGAUAAUUACCUUCAGUAUUUCGUCUAAAGUACUAUAACAUGAUUCAUCUCAGAGCAAACAUAUAUGCUUUGAAAAAUCAGUAUGCUCUUGACUUUCAAGUUAUUUUUACAGAGCUUGUAACUACCUAAAAUGCAUUUAGUAAUAGGCUUGCUGUAUCUUGGGCACGCAACCCAAGAUACAGUGAAUGCUAUGUGUGUGUGUUUUCUGUAAACUGAAACAAAUUGUAUAAUACUUGUAUAUACAGUUAUACCUCAACACUGUUAUUAAUUUUGUAACUGAAGAAAUCUAUUUAUUUGUUCUUUCAUAUAUUCUCAUCAUAUUAACAUUAUAUGCGUUACAUUGUACUAAAUAAACAUAUAAGCUCA